AUGUUGGUCGGAAAUCCGUCGGAGUUGUCGUAUUUCAAAGCUUUUGAAAAGCGUUUGACUGCUACGGAUAUCCUCAAGGAGGAGGAAUUAAGCCGUUGCACAGUGGUUUCGGUUGAGGGAUACGACACAUCCCUUCGUCCAUAUGAUAUCAGGGCGAUAUUGACAAGGUAUUUCGGUUCAUGUGGAAACAUUUGCGAUGUUGUGAUUCCCACAUACCCUUCAAGCAGUGUUGUCGAGAGAGUUGGUUUCAUAUUUUUCCGGGACGAAGGCGCGCAAGAGAAGGCCUUGGCACUUAGUGGAAGUAACGUGGGGUUUCCAUUUCCUGGUAUUCGGUUGGGAGGAUGGGAUGUAUAUGUUAAGGCUUGCCCGAGACAUUCCUUUGCCUUAAGCCCUGAUCAGGUGGCUGCUGCUCGCAGACUCAUAAACGCAAUUUAUUACUGUGGCUUUGCCGUUACCGGAUAUCCCACUUCCCUUGCUGCGAAUGAUGUCAGGAGUGCAUUGUUUAGGCUUUUCAGAUCCUGUGGAGAGAUCAGAUACCUGACUGUCGAGGACGACCCUAGUCAACCCGGUCUUCUCCAAAGGUCCGGUUUUGUUAGUCUAUCGGGAGAAGGCGCACUAGAGAAAGUUGUGGAACUUGAUGGAAGUGACAUGGGAGGAUGGAAUGUAGCUGUUCUGACUGAACCGAAACCAAAUGAAAUCACAGUCUCUCGUGCUAAUCAGUUUAAUAUUGGUUGGGAAGGCCCACCUGGUCUUCGCUGGGUCGACCUUCAUCCUUCUACUGCGAGCUCGGUUAACCCACUUGCUGAUUGGCUGGGAAGGCGCAUCAAGUAG